UCUGACACAGUUUCUCUGGCUGGAAUUCUUUUUCCCAAUCUCAUGGAUGACAUUCAAAUCCCCUCACACUACUUCCUCAGUUCCCUCCCCCAACAAACAAAAAAACUACUGCCAAUGUUCAGAUGUUUCUCACUUUUCUACUAUUUCACUCAAAAUCCUUGCUGGCUUUUCCAUACUAUACUUAGAACAUGCCAACAUUCACACUUACUGUUACUUUGUAGCAAAUUUGAUUGAUACCCAUCUCCUUUUAUCCACCAUAGAUCAGAAACUUUCCGUUCAUAUGGUCAUUUUCUUUCAUUUUUUGUCCAUAUUUUCCACUACUAGUUGAUGGUCAUUUUCCAUAUAAGUAUAGCAAUUCACCAGAUUGGUUUAUCAUGGUGUGUAUGACAGGAUGAUUAGGACAUCCGUCCUUAACCAAACCCAUUUGUUGUUGCCAGCAAAAGAUUCAUCAAAGAGCAAAGAAUCCAAUUUGAGGUUGAAGGAGCAAGAAUGUUUGUCCCGUUUGAAGAGAUGCAAAAGCAUGAAAGAGUUCAACCAAGUCCAUGUCCAAAUGCUGAAGUUGGGACUCUUUUGGGAUCCCUUCUGUGCAAGCAAUCUUGUGGCCUCUUGUGCUCUCUCAGAUUGGGGCAGCAUGGACUAUGCCUGCUCGAUCUUCUGGCAAAUCGAGGAACCGGGUUCUUUUGUAUUCAACACCUUGAUUAGAGGGCAUGUCAAGGAUGCAAGCUUUGAGGAAGCAUUACUUCUGUAUGAUGAGAUGAUUGAGAGGGGGAUCGAACCUGACAAUUUCACUUACCCUGCUCUUCUCAAGGCGUGUGCCCGGUUACCGGCACUCAAGGAAGGAAUGCAAAUUCAUGGACAUGUCUUCAAGCUUGGACUAGAAGUUGAUGUCUUUGUGCAGAACAGCUUGAUCAGCAUGUACGGAAAGUGUGGGAAGAUGGCACUUGCUUGUACUGUUUUCGAGCAAAUGGAUCAAAAAAGUGUUGCCUCUUGGAGUGCCAUCAUUGGAGCUCAUGCUAGCAUGGGGUUGUGGUGUGAGUGCUUGAUGCUUUUUGGUGACAUGAGUAGUGAGGGACGUUGGAGAGCUGAAGAAAGCACAUUAGUUAGUGUGCUUUCUGCUUGCACUCAUCUGGGUGCUCUUGAUUUGGGAAGGUGCGCACAUGGAUCCUUGUUGAGAAACAUUAGUGGACUCAAUGUUAUAGUACAAACUUCUUUGAUAGACAUGUAUGUAAAAUGUGGGUGCCUAGAGAAAGGGUUGCUUCUCUUUCAAAACACGCGCAAGAAGAACCAAUUCUCCUACACUGUAAUGAUAUCGGGGCUCGCCAUGCAUGGACAUGGUAGGGAAGCUCUGAGAGUUUUCUCAGACAUGCUCGAAGAAGGUAUGGCACCAGAUAGUGUUGUCUAUGUGGGUGUGUUGAGUGCUUGUAGUCAUGCUGGUCUUGUCAACGAGGGACUCCAAUGUUUCAAUAGGAUGAAAUUUGAGCAUGGGAUUCAACCAACAGUUUAUCAUUAUGGUUGUCUGGUGGACGUCAUGGGGCAAGCCGGGAUGCUCAAUGAAGCCCUUGAGCUUAUCAAUAGCAUGCCCAUUGCACCGAAUGAUGUCGUGUGGCGGAGCCUUCUUAGCGCCUGUAAAGUUCAUCAAAACUUGGAAACAGGGGAGAUUGCGGCAAAGAAGCUUUUCCAAUUAAAUUCACUUAAUCCUAGUGAUUAUGUGAUGCUAUCCAGUAUGUAUGCAGGAGCUCAAAGGUGGGAGGAUGUGGCUAGGAUUAGGACAGAAAUGGUUAAAAAGGGCCUGAAGCAAACGCCGGGGAGUAGCCUAGUCGAGGUGAAAAGGGAAGUCUAUCAGUUUGUUUCACAGGACAUGUCUCACCCUCAAUGUGAUGGUGUUCAGGAGAUGAUCCACCAGAUGGAAUGGCAGUUGAAGUUUGAAGGGUACUCCCCAGACACAUCACAGGUAUUGCUGGAUGUAGAUGAAGAAGAGAAGAGGCAGAGAUUGAAAGCUCAUAGCCAAAAAUUAGCAAUUGCUUUUGCACUCAUACAUACAUCUCAGGGUUCCCCCAUAAGGAUAGCUAGAAAUGUCAGGAUGUGUAAUGACUGUCACGCAUACACUAAAUAUAUUUCAGUGAUUUAUGAACGAGAGAUUACUGUAAGAGAUCGUUUUAGGUUCCACCAUUUCAAAAAUGGAACUUGCACUUGUGGUGAUUACUGGUGAAA